AUGAGCGACGUCGAGGAUCCCUUCGACCAGGUGCUCAAGGACGCAGAGGAGCAGUUGGAGAGGCUUUCUGCGCAUUUGCGGACUCAUACGCCGGACGGCGAGGUACAGGAGAUCCUAGAGGACGUGAGGGACACGCUGGAGGACCUAGAUAGAAGCCUUAUUGUAAUACAGAACACGGGGGUCGAUACUGCAGAGCGGCAGAGACGACUGGGCAAGCUACGAUCGGAGUAUGAGCGGUUAUCUGCUCUCCCCGAGGGCGGACCUGGCGCAGUGACAGAGGCAGAUACCGCUGCAGGCGCAAGUGCAACUGCCAGCGGUGAGGUAGUAGGGGACGAACCCAUGGCCACCGAUCUAUCCAACCCGUUCCAGCAGCAGAUCCUCCAGGAGCAGGAUUCUCAUCUUGACGAUAUACACAAGUCUAUGCACAACUUGCAUCUGCACGCACAAACGAUGGGUCAGGAGCUGCAAGACCAGGGCGAACUGCUCGACCAGAUGGACGGAGAGUUUGACACGUUGUCGGGGAAGCUGCACAGGGGCCGGAGACAGCUCGAGUGGGUCUACGAGAAGAACAAGGAAAAGGUCAACGAUUGUUGCAUAAUGCUGCUGAUCAUCGCACUGAUCGCACUCCUCGUGUUCGCCUUCAUCGCCUGA